AUGAUCGACCUUUUGUCCUCCUGUAUAGACGGAGAUUUUGAUUUCUCCGGGCUGGUGGGGUCCGAGGAGUCAGUUUUGGUGGAAUACCUUGACUCUUUGGAAUCAGUUCCGUUGUUGAAGCAGGAGUGUGCCUCAAUUCUAAAGGAUACGGUAGAUAAAGCCCUGUCAGAAAGGUAUAGCCCCGAGUCAGAUCUGGCUCUGUCCUUGCUCCACCACUUGUCCCAGAUCUCUCCAAUCAACAAAAUAAGGCUGCAUUCCGAAGCAUUGUGCCAAUCGCUAAUAGAUUACUGCACGAAACAGACACAAGACAAUCGAGACUUGUUGGUGCUGGACUUCUUCGAGUCAAUCUGUGAGCUCGGCCUCAAUUACCAGCAGACUGCACAUCUGUAUAAAAACGCUAUUCAAAAUUCCGGCUCCGCCAUCUCUUUUCAAAGGCUAUUCACAAAGCAUCUAGACUCACACCGCUCGUAUUUAUUUCUCCCUACAUCGCGAUACUCGCCCUCGCUCGACACCCCGAUCAUCAAUUGUACAAUCCAAUUUUGGUUUCAGUACACUCCAACACAUGAACAGCCCUCACCAUCUUCUCUGUUCGUUCUUAACGGCAAAGAACCGCUCCUCACGUACUCCUUUGAGAACCAGAAAUUAUCAGUCAGCACAUCAACAGACAUUGCAACAUUCGAGGCAUUCGUGUUUGAGCCUCUACGAAAAUAUCACGUCGUGUUUGUGCACAAGGAGGAGAAACGCAGAUCCUAUAUCGAUCUCUAUGUCAAUGGCGACUUUGUACAGUCAAUCCAUUUGGCGUACAAAAAGUCCGAUCGUGCUACGUCCCUGGAUAUCCAGGGAGUCUACGGGAUGUACUUCGAGCUGAUUAACCUGCUGUUUAUAUGCGAGCGUGUCAGUUAUCGCUGGAUCCUUCUGUCUUAUCACCUAGGCCCGCUGUUUGCCGGUACAUACCAAGACAAUCAUCUCGAGCGAUAUCUCUCGGAAAAGUCAAAGCUGAUGAUGACUUUGAAACUCCAAGAGAAUACGGACACCAAGGCAUUGAGAGACGUCAAGAUCAACUCCAAUUCUAUCCUAGUUGAUGUCAACGCCAACUCGUCAGCAGAGAUCAGCUCCACCAUUCAUUGGAAACCAAACCUGCUGCUCAACUCUUUGUACUCGAUUGGUGGCAUGGCUGUCUGUUUGCGUCUGUUGGAGACGGCCAAAACGUCUAGCUCCCUCGUCGAAUGUUUAGACUUCCUGUUUGCGCUGCUGUCAAAAGAUUCAGUGUCGAAACAAGAAUUUGAGAUGAAUGCCGGCUACAACAUAGUGGCCACAAUUUUGAAAACAAAAAAACCUCUCCUGGACCUCAAGGUCCUUGAUGCUAUUCUACGUUUCGUCGGAUACAACGAUAUGUCGCCGAUAGACUCCGUCUUGGCCAACGCACUUGCUUACAGAAUCCUCAUUGUCGAUUUUGACAUAUGGAAGCCACACUCCAUUGAUCAGGUUGGCGACGCCUCCGUCAGAGACACUUUCAAAUUCCUUCUAUUCCAGUUUUCUGUCUUUGCUCAUGACAGUCGCUACCACAGCUAUAACAUUCAACAGUUGAUAGACAUGAGGAUAAUCAAACGAUUUGUUCAGGCUAUGAAAUAUGGCUUAUUUGAGGAGGGAGUGCUGCCCUUAUUGCAUGACACGAUCUCAAUACUGGUGAGAAAUAAUCCUUCUACAGAAUCUAUCAAGGCUCUCUCCCUAUAUGUGAUAUACUCCCUGACAGUCGAAGAUUCGGGAGGUUUACAGAGAAAGUGCGGACUAACUGUCUUGCGAGCCAUUCAAUCCGUGAUCGAAGAUCCAGCAUUAAUGUCCAACGUUCAUGGCUACAAAAUCAUAAUGAAAUCUAUAUCCACAAAGUGGAUACUAUUGCUUCUUGACAAUGACAACUCGGACGUGGUGAAAAUAAGCUUGAGGCUUUUGAAACGGGUUUUGCUAUUCAAUACCAAAGUCUACAAAUCAUUUGCUGACGAAACAGGACUCUUGCUGCUUUUCAAGCUGCUGAAAAAGUGGGACAGCAAUUUUGAAGUGAUGAAUCUGAUAAUGGCUCUCGCUCUCGGAAAACAGUCCUCGUCAGAGCAAAGUCAGGUCGUCAUGCCCGAAUUUCUAGUAUUGGUGAACGCGUUACUAUCAGAGUCGGAGCUAAACUUUGAAACCAUUUCAUCUUAUGUGACAAAGAUUCAGCACCUGCUUGAUUCGAAUAUCUCUUUCAGAAUGGUAGCUUCUAAUCAUAUCCAAUGGCUCCAAACAUUCUUGCUUCUUGUUUGUGAAAUCAAAAAGACGCACGAAAUAUCAAUCAUAGCUCCUUACAAAGAUUUUGUCGGAGAUUUAUUCAAGGCCAAGCUUGAGAGAAAUGCCAAAAAAGCAGACUCACUCACAGUGGACGCACUCCAUCAGAAGUUUCCUGCUGCUUUCAUGUCCACUGUACUCCCAGAGAUCCUGACACACCUAAGCGAACUUGAGCCGAGCUGCCGCACGCAGUUCGUUUCAAAGUUGCUUACAAGAAUUCUGGAGCUGGAAAAGGACUAUCAAAUUGAAGAGGCGGAUUACUAUUUGGUGCUGGAAAAACUUGGCACCAUACUAAACUUUGACGAAGACCCGAAAUUGAAAACCGCAAAGAGGCAUUUUUGCGAUCUCUUCACGGAGCUCCUGGUGAAGGCAACGUUAAGUGAAAAGGAGAGCAACGAGACAGCCUCGAAUGAAACAAAAACGUGCUGCUCUGUGCUCAUGGCCAACCAGAAGCUGUUCUCAAAUUACGCAGGGGAUGAGAAUAUGUCUGUUAUAGUUGCAUCUCUGUUUCAAUGUAUGACUCUUCCUGAUGCUUCUCUUUCGAGUUUGGCUUUGAACUGUCUCAGGAUACAGCUCAUGAGUGAUCUGGAUGCUAGAUCCGUGAUUUCUUGCUUAUCCUCCAACAGCAGUCAGAGGGCCAAAAUGUUGGGCUACUUUGAGAAGUUCCUGUCACUCAAUGAUGAAGAAAUCAAGGAUCUUUGGGAAAGGGAUAUUAGUCUUUCCAAAGAAAUCAACGAGAAAUAUGAGAACUAUAGUUCGCGGAUCCGAAAACAGCAGGGAAAAUUGACGAUUAGGAAAACCAUAGACGAGCUGGCUCCCUCUCGACUCUCAGAUAGCAACGAGAAAAUCGAGAAGCUUUAUUCCAAAGAGAUCAUGCUUUUGAGCAAGACAAUAUCACAAGCGGAAACCAAGAAGUUCAACAGACACAUCCAGGACGAUAUGGAUGAUCUUAACUAUUUUGUUUCCGUCUUCAACAACCUCAAAUCACAGCUUCCAGUCGAAAACUAUAAGUUUUCAACUGUUCUGGACUCUACUGAGGGCCCGGACCGGAUGCGCAAGAGGAUGGUCAAACAACUCUGCCUGACGGAGGAUGACAUCCCCACAGAGCAAAGCCCUGGGCUGGAGUACAACGAAUUGGCAGAAGAAUACGAGCUUCUGUCAGAACAGAUAGAUGUUGACCUGGCACAAGAGGACAAGAACCGCAAGAUACUCCGGAGCUUGUAUGUUGGCGAUAAAAUAGUUGAGAUGCUUAAUGUGACGCAGAUUCUGGGCCUUGAGAUGCUGGAGUCGAUAUUCAUUCUGGGACAGUCACAUAUAUACAUGAUUGGCAACUACUUUCUCACCUCAGAUAAGAAAAUCUUGGACUUGAGAGAUGCUCCCCCAAACGAGAGAGACUCGUACGUUCAGCUUAUUACGGGUAGCAAUUCGAGAGCAGCAUCAUCGCAGCAUCAGACGAAGACAUGGGAGCUGUCCAAGUUUGCUUCUAUCAGCAAGCGAACAUUUCUUCUGCGAGAUGUGGCUUUGGAGCUAUUUUUCAUUGAUGGUUCAAAUUUUCUGAUUACCUGCUCGUCUAAGGAAAUAAGAGAUGGGCUUUUCAACGUAUUGUCUUCUAAGAUGUCGGCGAAGUACUCUGACACGAUUCUGGAAGACGCCCUUACCUUGGCGUCCUCAUCGUCAUUGACGAUUGGUGCCAAGCUUGUCAGUGCUAUUACCUCUGUGGCUUCAUCGACUACGCUCAGCUCAUUAACGAAGAAAUGGCAAAAGGGCGAACUGUCGAACUUCUACUACUUGAUCUUGGUGAAUACGCUUGCCGGUCGCACCUUCAACGAUCUUACCCAAUAUCCUAUCUUCCCGUUCGUCAUUGCCGACUACGAAAGCGAGGAGCUGGAUCUGACUAAUCCGGCCACUUUUAGAGACCUUGGAAAGCCAAUGGGAGCGCAGACAGAGAAGAGAGCCGCACAAUUCCGAGAACGAUACGAUGCCUCGGCUGAUAUGUCGCCCGACUCUCCUCCAUUCCAUUACGGAACGCACUAUUCGUCCGCAAUGAUUGUCACAGCUUAUCUCAUACGCCUCAAACCCUUUGUGCAAUCAUAUUUGCUGCUUCAGGGAGGCAAAUUUGAUCAUGCUGACAGGACCUUCCACUCCAUGGUGAAAACCUGGUACAGUGCUUCCCGCGACCAUACUACAGACGUUCGAGAACUGAUUCCCGAAUUUUAUUACCUCCCAGACUUUUUGAUCAAUUCCAACAAUUUUGACUUUGGCCAUCUACAAGACGGCACCAAAGUCGGAGACGUGCAUCUGCCUCCAUGGGCCAAAAAUGAUCCCGUAAUAUUUGUGGAGAAAAUGAGACAGGCUUUAGAGAGCGACUAUGUUUCUGCGCAUUUGCACGAGUGGAUCGAUCUGGUGUUUGGGUUUAAGCAGCGGGGAAAGCACGCAGUAGACUCUUUGAACGUUUUUCAUCAUCUGAGCUACCAGGGGUCUACGGAUCUGGAUAAAAUUAAGGACGAGAGAGAAAGGAAUGUCAUAGUGAGCAUUAUUCACAAUUUUGGGCAAACUCCAAUUCAGGUUUUCCAUAAACCUCACCCGCGGAAGCAGAUUUAUACGAAGGUGGAGUUCGACCCCACCAAGCUGUUUGAAUUGCCUUUAUCAAUUAUCGAUGCUCCUUUCAGCAUUGACAGUAUAGAGUUUGAUUUUGUCCAGAUGGAAUGGCGAGCUCGAGACCGUUUCAAUCGAGGCAGCCAGCGUCUCAACUUGCAGCUAGUCGGCCGCAACUCGGUGCAGGCGAACCAAGUUAUAUUUGAGAACGCAAGUACCAGCAUGAUAUCAGCGUUGGGCAUUCUAAACUUCGAUGAGUUUGUGGUUGGAUUUGAAGACGGCACCCUGCAAAUAUACAGGCUAACAUCGAACAAGCUGGCUAGUUUGAAAAACGCCCAGAAAAUGAAUGUGAGACAACCUGCUGAGACGGGCAGGGUACGAGGAUCUGAGGAAGUGAUCCAGCUUGGAGUUCUACGAGGACACCAAUCCAGAGUGUGCCAGGUCAGAGUGAACACUUUCUACUCGAUUCUCCUGAGCUAUAGUGAAGAUGGAGCAGUCAAGCUGUGGGACCUCCUGCAACGGAAACACAUGCGAGAUAUCUCCGAGGAUGGCAAGCUAAUUGAAAUAUCGAACCAACAUGCCCUCAUUGCAGUGGUAGACAGGGAAAAUGUGCUGAGACUUGAGACGAUCAAUGGACUUUUGCUGCUGGAAGAACCUCUGCAUGAAGAAUGUCUGUCCAUCACCUUUGGUGAGGCAAACCUCAAUCACUGUGCAAACAUUGAACACCACGAGUGGAAGCACCAUUCGAUUCUGGCCCUUGGUUUCCGGGGAAAAAUAAAGCUAGUGGAAUUGACGUUGGACCAGGGUUGGGUUAUCAAAAUUCUACGCGAGCUGAACAUGUUUGGAGAUUUGGAGAUCACCAGCCUCAAACUCAAGCUCAAUGUAGAGCUCAACGGUGAAGGCCGGGUCAUUGGACGCGGAGAGCUGGCAGCAGCCAGUAGCGAAAAACUAAUGAUCUGGUGUUGA